GUAGUUUGUAUUCAUGUGCGAUUAGUUAGAGACUAAAAUUCACGAGGAAAAUGUGAAGAAAAGUCGUGAAAAGUCGGAGUAUACCUGCGCAUAUGUAUGAGUACAAAUUGCAUUCGUGCCAUUCGGGAAUCGUACGCGAAGUCCUACGGUAUAGGAGUAGUAUGCAAUAAACCAAUAUGGGAAGUGGAGACACGGCAACUGUGAUAAAAAAAUUGUCGAAUGAUUGUAAUGAAAUUAGCGAAGAAUUUGGUCCAAAUUUAAAAGUUUUACCAACAAAUGAUCAAGUUAAAGAAUUGCAAACAAUAUUACGUGACAAAAAUACAACGAGAAGUGAUUUUAAAUUCUACGCAGAUCGCUUGAUCAGACUAGUUAUAGAGGAAAGCCUUAAUCAAUUACCAUUUUCAAAAUGCACUGUAACAACUCCGACUGGUGCAAAGUACAAGGGACUCAAAUAUCAGAAGGGUAACUGUGGAGUAUCUAUAGUCAGGAGCGGAGAAGCCAUGGAACAGGGCUUGAGAGAUUGCUGUCGAAGUAUCAGGAUUGGAAAAAUACUUGUUGAAAGUGAUGUAGACACUCACGAAGCAAAAGUAGUUUAUGCAAAAUUCCCUGAUGAUAUAUCUGAGCGAAAAGUUCUCCUAAUGUAUCCGAUUAUGAGUACUGGAAACACUGUGAUAAAAGCUAUAGCUGUAUUAAAAGAACACAAUGUGUUGGAGGAGAAUAUCAUCCUCUCUAAUUUAUUCUGCACACCAUUUGCUGCCAAAACUCUAGUCACUGCCUUCCCUAAGAUGAAGAUCUUGUCCUCGGAAAUUCACCAUGUCGCCCCAAAUCACUUUGGACAAAAGUACUUUGGAUGCGCAUAUCAUGGUGUGGCUGCAGGCCCUUCAAGCGCACCAAAGAAAAAUGUUUGAAGAUUCUCUUUGAUACAUCCGAUAUUGCCCUUUUAUAAUUUACACACAAAACAAAUAGUUUAGAUGGUACAUUAUUGCGAGAAUUUGGCUGUAGCUUAUUUUGUCGCGUUAUUCACACGGAUUUCAAGGGUGCGAAACUAAAUGUAUAUCUCGCGCUGAUAAGACUAACAAGUAGAAGUAAACAUAGUCGUAUAGAUAAAUGAAAAAAAAAGUUUAAAAAAUUUUAUAUUUUAUUAAGAUUAUGGAUUAAACAACCACUUGAAUUUUUGACAGGAUAUUUAGAUAUUUAAUAAAUAACAUGUAAUAUUAAUUUCUGCACUUCAUAACUUAUCAGGUAUAUGAAAUAUGAACGUGGCCUUGAAAGUAUAUUUUGGGUGAACAAUUCCGAAAUUUCAUCUAUCAAUAAGUAAUAAACCUUUGGGAUAUACGCUAACGAUUUUUUGAAACUGUUCAAUUGAUGUACAAAUUAUUCAAAUAAUACACGUGCGAAUAACAGUAAUCCCCAUAACAGAUAAAACAUAUCAAAUGUGUGUUACCAAUAUAUUUUUUACAAACUCUACGCCUUUCUUUGGAACACGAUAUGCAUUUCACAAAUUUUCAGUAUUUAUCAUAGGAUCUGGAUACAUUUAAAUGUAUUGCACAAGCCAGACGAUAUGCUAACAAAAAAAAAAAAAAAAAAUAUAUAAAUAAAGGCAUGAGUGGGAUGCAAAAGUAGGAAAAAAACACCUGGCAUAAAAGGAGAUAAUUGAAAUCAAUUAAUAUCGUAACUAUAACUUGCAGUUGAAACAAUUAAUUCUAUGAAUAACGUAAUGAAGGAAAUGUCUUGAUGGCCAUACACUUAUGUGAAUAACGUUAUGAAAAUUGUGAAAUAGGCCUUAAAAUACAUUUUGAAUUAAUAUCAAAAUGCUAUUAUUAUACAUUAUGUAAAAGAUUACUACAAUUAAAUUACUAUGUCACUUUUGUAAAGAAGUACUAAAGCUACACUCUAACUCGAUGUUUGAAAACGAAGAUGCGAAGAUUUCUAAUUGUAUACAAUUCAAAAAAUUCAAAAUAAAUAUAAUUCUCAAAAUA